AUGCCACUGCUAUUUGGACCGUGGGGUAACUCAGAUAAGGUGGGUUCAAGCAACGUCGCGUCAGUCCCAGGGCGCCCUGAUGGCCUCUUUCUCCUCGGUCUACUGGACGAUCUCGUUGAAGAUGCCAUGUGGCAACCCAAGUACAGUCAUGUCGAGCUGGGCCCGUCAAUGACGGCUCAUUCGAGUGGUGGAGCUACAGCUCCUCGCGAGGCUGGCGGCCCUGACAAGCAGAGAUUGGCGGCCUCCUUCGGUGAGGGCACGUCUUUCUCUCUCUUUGUUGAUGUCGAAAGGGUUAACUCCAACAGACUCUUAUCUUUCUGA